AUGGCAACACUUCUGAAAGGAAGAAGAAGCCCAGAGCUGUCGGUGAUAUUAUGUUUAGCUUGUGAAAAUGAAACACAAUUCUACAGCAUGCCACCAGAUUUACAAGAAAUUGUGGAUUCCUACAACUUGUGUCCUUUCGUUACAAAAGUUAGCAAAUAUGCAGCAUUAUCAAAAGAGGAGUGGGAAGCACAGUGCAAACUCUGGCCAACUUCAUAUCAUCCACUAACCUACAAUAUUGAUGGCAUUACUGGGUUUAGUGAAGAGGAUACUAAAUCAAUUUUCAGCUUUAUGAAGUCUGCUGUAGAGUUGGCAAAGUUUGGAGAUGGUUUGGUUGUCAAUGCUGCAGUAAUAGUAGAUCCAUCAGCUGGGCUGAUAAUUGCAAGUGCAUGUGAUGAAGUCUGUUCUUGGCAUAUGCAAACUAACAAAGCGAAAACUGAAACCUAUUGCUUCAAACAGUUGGAAACAUUCACUUCUCAUGCUGAUGCUAAGGGGAUAGUACAAGAUAUAACUAUGCUUUCAAAUGGUUCAUCUAAUAAUCUCCAACAAUGUUACACUGCUGUUUCUUGUUUAAACCCUUGGCAGUGGACUCAGCAGCCAUUUCAUACAAGUCAUUGUUAUUGGCACCCAUUACGACAUGCUGCUAUUGUCGCUGUUGAAGCUUCUGCUGCAAGGGACAGACAUUUGUUCCCUGGUUCUGGCCACAAUGAAAAGUUGUAUGAAGUUGAUUGCAUUCAUUCUUCGUCCUCAAUUUCUACAACAAAGAGACAAAAGAUCGUCAACCUUGCAAAUGUGAGUUAACAUUCUUCUGCUAGUAUUCAAUAUUCUUCCUAACAGUGCAUUUAAACAGAGUUUAAGCAUGUCCUCCAAUGCUGCUUUAAAAAUCUACAGGAGAGCAUCUCUUUGUCUGCACAUAAAAUUUAUCCUGUAAUGGUUUUUCUAGCUUUC